AUGGGAAAUAUAACGAAAAUAAAAGAAGAUUUCCAAAUUUUAGAGAGCAUGUUUCCAGAGGUAAGCAUUUCUCCUGCUAUAGAACUAAUAACAGAAGACACACGGUGUAUAAGUGGCUACUUCCGUUUUGAUAUGUUUCCAUCCGGUGAUGACUUAACUGUUUCCUAUAAAGAGAAAUCGAUUAAGUUAACUAAACUACCAGGAAAUGUUUUAGGAUUUAAAAUUGACGUAAGUAAAUAUCCAUCAUUCAAAAAUAGUAUAAUACUAAAAUUGAACUCAAAAUAUAUUCCAGAGGAGAAGAUAAUAUUACAUUUCAAAGAACUUGACGAUGAAUUCAAUGAAAUGACUGAUCCAUUAUCUGAUAAUUAUGAACCCGACACACCAGUCAUGAUGCUUCUAUUUAACCAGUUAAUGUACGACUCUAUUGAUAUGAUAUUCCCAAAUCGCAAAAUUUCAUGUCUUUCCGAAUCUGAUUUCAUUCUGUAUAAUGGUAUAUUGAAUGACAUAAACCAGGAUCUAUACAAUAAAUCCAAUCAUGAUUGUUGCAUAUGUAUCGAGACAAAGAAAGGAAAAGAUAUGAUUGAACUUCCUUGUGGGAAGGGUCAUCGGUUAUGCUCAUCAUGCAUUGUAUCUUACUAUUCCAAAUUGAUCGAAGAAGGGCAAAUAUCGUACGUACGAUGCCCCGAAUGUGACUACCAUGAAGUUGAUUUACAUGAUUACACAGAUUAUAAAAUUAUGGUAAAGGAUAUUUUCACACCUGCCAUCCCUUUUCCAUUUUUUAAAGGUAUUCUUCUCGAUAAUUUGUGCAAAAGAUAUGAAAACUUAUUCCACUCACAAACAGCUGUGAAACUUUCAAAACAUUCGCCUUACUCCUGUAUAACUUGUAGAAAAUGUGAUACAUGGUGUGUCAAGACUGAUCUCGAUGAACCUAUGAUACGCUGUCAUAAAUGUGGUUCCACCUUUUGUUUUGAUUGCCUACACUCGUGGCAUGGUUACAAUAAUUCAUGUGGUUCGAAGGCAACAUUACCUAAUGAUGUACUAGAAGAAUAUAUCGACGUGAUGAAUACUGAUUGCGAUCGUAAGAAAAAACUAAUAUCAGCAUAUGGGUUAAAAAUAUUGGAAAAGGGAACAAGUGAUUAUUUGGCGGAAAAGAUGCUAGAUAUUGCUAUUGCCGCGGAAGGAUCUGAUCUUCAAAGGUGUCCAAAAUGUCGUGUAGUAGUCCAAAGAAGUGAAGGUUGUAAUAGGAUGAGAUGUGGAAUUUGUAGCACUGUAUUUUGUUAUCUAUGUGGUAAUAGUCUAUUUUCUGAUGAUAGUUACGAACAUUUUAAAGAAAAAUAUUCUCCUUGUUACGGACGACUAUUUGAGGGUAUGCCAGGAACAGAAGAUUAA